AUGGCUGAAUCAGAAGAAGCUUCUUCGAACUACAGUGAUGACUGUGAGCACUCGUCAGAAGAAUCUUCUUUGAACUACACUAGUGACUAUGAGUACUCCUCAGAUGAAUCUUAUUCGAACUACAGUGAUGACUAUGAGAACUCCGAACCAGAAGAAGCUUCUUCAAACUACAGUGAUGACUAUGAAAAUAUUGAUAAUGAUGAUUCUUCUCAAGGAUUUGAAGAAGGGUAUGAAUAUGAUGAUGAUGAUUUUUCAUACAACGACGAGUUUGAGUGCAAUAGCAAUGAUGAUGAUGAUGACAGUGACGUUGAAGGUAACGAGGAGGAGGAGGAGGAGGAGGAGGAUUGUGUGUACAAUGAUGGAGUUGAAGAAGAUGAACCUUCUACUGAUGAAUCCGAAGAUGAUGAAGAAGAAAACAGAAUACAUGAUAAUGGAGGAUAUGGACGUUCCAUAGUUGACCACAUGGGAGGUCUGUCUGGUCUCGGUUUUUCUGAUGAUUCUUGGGAUGAUUGCUAUGGCUUCAAUGAGGAAGAAGAUUAUCCUCAUGCUUCUGAUGAGUUUGAUUCUAAUUUCUCAGACUAUGAUUUCCUUGAUGACUACUACUAA